AUGGCUGUCCACGAACAUUUCGAAAGUCUUGAUCCUGUCGAGUUCGCACGUAGAGAGAAAGCUCUCCUGCGUAAGACUGAUUACCGCCUUAUGCCAUGUCUUUUGGGCAUGAUUGUUCUCAAUUAUCUCGACCGCAAUGCCGUCCCCAAUGCAAGAAUUCAAGGAAUCGAGGAAGACCUCGGUCUUGUCGGGGACCAAUACAACACUGCGAUUUCUGUACUUUUUGCAGGCUACAUUGCCCCUCGAUCUAAAAGUCUCCAAAUAUUUACUCGUCUGUAUCUUUAUAUCUUUACCAAUUUGUUUAUCAUCCCCACAUCUUAUAUCGGUGGUUCGGGAUCUUCCCGCGCUAAGCGCACUAAAACCCCCGUCAGAUCAGAUCGUACAGUAUUCAUCUAG